AUGGAACCGCAACAACAGCAGCAGCAACAACAACGACAACGACAGCAACAAUCACCGUUACCGCGCCAAAAACACACUCCAAUCCGGCGAGGCAAGAAACUACCCACUUUCUCACCCCGCAGGACAUAUGCUUCGGAAAACGACAUGCCGAGCGAAGCCGUUUUCCCCCUCGAGCUCGCGGGGCCCUUUACGCCCCAAAAGGCGAAUGCAAACAGCCCGACCCCAUCGUCGCAGCCCAACCACGGCGGCAAGUCCAAGGCUCGGAAUGGACACGGGGCUGGGAAUGGGAGAAACAAGGGACGAGCAAAGCAGGUGUCCUCACCCGGCCCAGCAAAACACGGCCGUAUAACCCCUCCACACGCAACAGCAACGUCGAAAUCGAUUGCCGCGGCCGCCUUUGCGGGCGCGACAUUCCAUGCCUCUCCGGCGCCGUCCUCGCUUCCAAUGCCGAGCUUCUUAGCCAAGGCUCUAGACUCGCCCUCUGUCCAAGAAACCGACCAUGCCAGCCGUGAGCCAUCGCCCCCGGCCACCGACUCGGAGGCCGCUCCCACUCCGCAGCAUCGAAUUUUUCCAGAAGACGCUGCUCGGCAAGAGUCCCCCCUCGACAUUUUCUUCCGAGCUGAUAGAGCCGAGAAAGAGCGGGCGCGCAGAGCGAGUUCGGCUAACAUCCUCGGCCUUAACCCGUUCCCUUUCUCGCCGCCGUCCCAAAUUCGUUCCCCGGUGGAACCCAAGACUCUCCCAAGGACCCAUCUCGGUUCUGGAAACAACCGUCGCUCGGCGGCCCAACGCAGUCCCUCGUCCGGCAUCCCCACCAGUGAACUCGAUGGCACCCCGAGCCCCGGCGAACCCAUCGGUCCUGCCCUUUCUCGUCCAUACAACGAACGCAUCCGAGCGGCUCGAUCGAAUAAGAAACAAUUUCAGCCAGCCCAGAGCCCGGCAGCGUCCCCGCAGGACCAGGCGGCCAUGGAUAUGAGUGAACGGCUCAAGCGCUUUCUGGCUAUCCCCUCGGUAUCGAGCGAACAACAGUCUCAAGAACCCACGGCCCCGCAAGCAGGCUCUACUGGUAUCGUGCCCCAGCCUUUUUCACCGGGCAUCCAACCUCAUUCCCAACGGACGCCUGAGUUCCUCCCGCCUUUCACCGCCCAGAGUCAAACUUACCCGUCCGCUCAUAUGCCUUCGCCGUUCCUUCUGAACCCUCACCAGGCACCUCGAGACCCGGCGACGUCGAAUGUCGCGCCCUCAGCUGCCAACAACCACGGAAAUAUUCGCUCGGCGGAUAUCCUGAACAUGGAGGAUAGUCUACGGCGCAUGUUGAAGCUAAACCAUGCGCCGGCACCUCCGCCAGCCCAUUACCAAAGCUCUUAA